GCCGGGAGCGGAAAUCUCCGGGACACAGGAAGUCAGCGGGAAUGAGGGACUCUGAGGCUGAAUACAGAAAUGCACCUUGAGUUUGGCAUGUGGUGGGGUCCAUGCAGGUGAAGCGGGAGAGAGGAUCCUGAACGCAUUUGCUGCAUUUUCACCUUCUGUGCAAAAUGUUUGCCCCCUGUUGACCCGGGACUCCCCCGAGAAGCGGGGAAGGGAAGGGUCUCCUGUGGGGAGGGGGUCCCCUGGAAUCCCCGGGAUCAGACGGGGUAGGGUUGAGUUGGGUGGGGGGUGUCAACCCCCCCCCCCCCACCCCGGAAUUCCCAGGACGGCUGUGAAGCGAGUGCUGCUCCUGCUCUGUUACUUUGUUGCACUCCUGCAGCUGAGGAAAAUGUGGAGCAGUAAAUACCUGCGGAGCCCCUUGUCCCGCUCGUUGUUCAGCAACGUGAGGCAUCAGGGCGACGAAGAACACGACAAGUCCCAGUGGUAUGCCUGUGACAUGGAAUUGCUGCCAAUGUGUCUGCAGCCAUCGUUUGUUCAGAGUCAUCUAGAUGUGGGGACACAUGCGUUUCUCAGGCAGUGUUCAGAGAAAUCCAGCUGGCUUUUUGUUCAGAUUUAUUACUCCCUCGUCACUUCUGUGUUUGGUCUGUUCAUGUCCAAGACUUCCAUCAAUGGGCUGCUGGGAAGAGGAUCGAUGUUUGUCUUCUCUGAAGAGCAAUUUCUUCGGCUGCUGAGAGUAGGACCAGACUGGAGGGCAGCCAGAGUGCUUGAUCUUGGGGCUGGAGACGGAGAGGUUACUAAAAUUGUCAGCCCCCAUUUUGAAGAGGUCUAUGUGACUGAAGUGUCUCCUACCAUGAAAUGGCAACUUAAAAAGAAACAGUACAGAGUCCUGGGGAUUGAUGAGUGGCAGGACACUGGCUUUUAUUACAAUAUGAUUAGCUGUCUAAACUUGCUGGAUCGGUGUGAUCGACCUUUGACUCUACUGAAGGACAUCAGGAACGCUCUGGAGCCAAGUGAAGGACGUCUGAUAUUGGCUGUGGUCUUGCCCUUCCAACCCUAUGUGGAAAAUGGUGGUAGAUGGGAGAGACCUUCGGAAUAUCUCGAGGUAACCGGAGAGACGUGGGAAGAGCAAGUGGCCAGUUUUAGUAACGAUGUAUUCAGCAAGAUGGGCUUUGCCAUUGAAUCUUUCACCCGGCUCCCAUACCUGUGUGAAGGAGACUUAUACAAUGAUCACUAUGUACUGGAUGAUGUGGUCUUCGUUCUUAAACUAGUUUAAAACUGCGUUGUCCAGAUAUUUCAUAACGAAGAAAGCAACACAACAAUUUCAAUCAGCUAGAAUGGUUUCAUCUUUCUAAUCAGUCAAAUAAUGGAUUAAAACACAGCUUGUUUAACUUUAAGUGAAUUUAAAUAUUUUGUGAACUAUUUGAUAGACACUCAAUCCUUUCUGGCCAAAAUCCGAACUGUUCCUGGUUGUUGAGGUAUUUUUCUUGUUGAAUCCUCCUUUCUAUCUUGCUGCUGUGACUUUGAACACAGCAUUCCAUGCCUCUCCCUGCUCAAUGAUUCAUGCUUUGGUGAACAGCUAGGUAGGGUUCCCAGCCCUCCAGGGUUGGCCUGGACUCUGCAGAAAUUGACAGUUAAUCUUAUGAAUGCUGCUAUAAACAGAAUUCAGGAGGAAAACAAUCAUUGAAAUCUCCUUUUUUAAGAAAAAAAAAUCAUUGUGUUUAUUUUCCCCAGUUUAUUUGAUUACCUUGUUUAUUAAUAUUGGGAAAGUUGGAAAUCAUGUGAAGAAACCAGGAAUACAUCCAAUGUCGAGUUGGCAACCCUACGGGUUGGUGAGAAUUUUGAUCCAUUCCAAGUGGUAGUCCUCUACUCAUGGCAUCUAGCCAACAAAGUCAGAAUUGGCAACAUUUAAGCAGAAAUGGGGAGACUGGUUUGAAAACAUUAUUCAAAAGGGGGUCCACUCCUGCACCUCAGCACAGCCACAAUAACUGAGCCAAUGCUAGCAAUGAGUUUAAUUGAAACACAACGUCACAAAGGAUUCAUUGAAAUUUCCCUGAUUUUGUGUUAUUCCAGUGGAGCUGCUUUAUUUUAGAGUUUUGAAAUCUGGCUCAUUUGUACAUCGCCAUCUGUGGGCUGUCACGAGAGGUGAAGAAUCAUAAUGGUCUUGGUUUAAGUGGGAUUGUUUAAACCAUCUCAAAUAUUCUACAAUGUUUUACAGUUUAACAAGCAAUCAUCUAAGUUCAUGACAAGAGCUGAUAAAUGUUUAAUAUUUCACAGUCCAAAGUUUAAUUUUUUAAUCUUGUAGAUUAUUCACUUUUAAAACAGGUUGCCUUUGGAUGUAAGACAUGGUCAGGUGUAAGUUUUCUUGAUCUAGUACUUUAUAUUUUAUUCCAUGUUGCCUAUGAAAGAAUAAAAGAAGGAUACAUUUUCCUUACCUUUUGAAGUUCUAAUGUUUCAUAGUAAAGGUCAUAAUUGACUAAGGUUGGAUCAUGUACCUGACUUCAAGAUAGAAAGCAGUGAGUUGCAUUAUGCACAUUAUUGAAAAGGGCAUAUAUUCAGACUGGCACAAGGAUUGGUUCUUCACAAUUUAUAAUUAUAUUGAUUUAGAUUUUAGAAUAGAAAAGAAAAUGUCUAAAUUUGUGAACAAAUACUAAAAUGGGAGGUUCUGAGGAAGGGUCACUGAACCUGAAACGUUAACGCUGAUUUCUCUCCAGAGAUGCUGCUAGACCUGCUGAGCCUUUCCAACAAUUUCUGUUUUAGUGACUAAAAUGGGAGGAAUGGUCAUACUUAUUCUUGCAUGGGAUGUGGCUCGUGCUGGCAAUGUCAGCAUUGAUUAUCCAUCCUUAACUUUCCUUCACAUGAUUGACUCUUAACUGUCCCCUCCCCCCAUCAUUUCAAUCAUAUUUGUUGAUCUGGAAUGUAUUGCCUCUACAGAACAGUAGUAAACCAGGUGGAUUUUUACAACAAAAUGGGUACGUGGUUGCUGUUAAACUAGUGUUUUUAAUUUGUGAUUUUAUUGAAUUCAAAUUUCACCCUAUGCCCUGGUAGGAUUCAAGCCUGUCUCGCCAGAACAUUAGCUUGGGCUCUGAAUUCCCAAUCCACUGACAUUGCCAAAUUGCUACUGUGGCCCCCAAACACUGAUGACUACAGCAAAGUACAAGAGGAGGUUAAUAAUCUCACAGGGCAGACCCAUCGUGCUGAAUUUCAGCAUUAAAAAGUAUUAGGCGUGCAAAAGCAAUGUUCUGCGAAUGUUGGAAAUCUGAAAUAAGAACAAAAAUGUCUGGAAACACCAAACAGAUCAGGCAGCAUUUCUGGAGAGAAACAGUUCCGGUUUCAGGUCAAUAACCUUGCAUCAGAACUCUGAAGAAAAGUCAUCAACCUGAAAUGAUAGAUGUUAUUAUAUUUUGGUAAGAAAAAUAAAAAGGUUGAGUUACAAUCCCCUUGGAGAUAAAUCAAUUUUGAAAGAAAGGAAUCUCUAUGAAGUCAGUGGAAGCUGUUGGACGAGAUCUCACCUUUUAAAACCUACAAGGCAAUUGAAAUUAACGUGAAUAUUAGUUAAAAGGUGAAAGAUAUUUCCAAUAAAAAGAUAAACCUCACCUUAAGUAGUUGAUACAAUAAAGGUACACCUCGCGUUUAGCAUUCCUAUUACUAUCCACAUAAAUCUAAUACCACAGGUAAUGACAAUACAGUGUGGAGCUGGAGGAACACAGCAGGCCAGGCAGCAUCAGGUAAUGUCAGGCUUUCCAGCUGGCCCUUGUUUCGUACCAUCUCUUGCGUAACUCUGUGGUUGUCAAAAUGUUUUUUUUGCACACCGCUUGUUGCGGAUAAAUAAUCACAAGUUACAUUUAAUUCGGCUACUUAUUAGGAAAUCUCACAGAUAAUCAAGUACUGAAGCAAUGAUUUAAACUUUGUUGCAUGUAGCAACCAAAAUAAGACCCCUCAAGUAACCAAGUUAAGCCUCACAACUCAACUUGGCAAUUACCCGAUUAAUGGUGGAAUUUAGCUACAAUUCCAACCAACAAUAUCUGUCUCCGGCAGUGUCUGGGAUUCGAUCCUUGUGUUGUUCUUCGAAGGUUUACUAAUAAGGGGUUCUAGUGUUGGAUACUUAUACAGAUUUUCAUCCUUCAGCUCUGUGAGGUGAUAUUAUUGAUAAUUCUUUAGAUUCUUUCAUGCAAAAUAUUAUAGGUCUGCAGCUUGCUUUCUUAUCAGAAGUUCCUCGUUACAUUCAGUGUUAACUGUCUGUUUGAAGACACGUCCUGUCUUAUAAUUAACUCCUUAAAUUCUUUAGCAGGGUGGUCAUUUAUCUUUGUGGCACAAGGCAACCAGUUGUCAAGCAGAUGUCAAAACAGUUUUGUUCAUAUUGCUUUGACUCAUUCAUUUCCCAGAUGUGGCUAAUUACUUUCAAAUCCUGUGUAAGUUUGUCCUUGUCCCUUAAUAGUUUACUCCAGACGGAGUUACUGCUGCUUCUUUUGUGUGUAACAGUUUAUCUUUGUUGAUUCUUUUGAUCCAU